AUGUCAGUGGGAAACGUCAGCUUUAUAAAGGAUUUUGUGAUAGUUGGCUUUCCUGGACUCCAGCCUCAUUACUAUGGACUUGUUUCAGCACUUCUAUUUUUUGUUUAUGUGUUUACAUUGGUGGGAAAUGCUUUAUUUUUUAUGUUGUUUGUAACGACUAAGAGCCUUCAGAAACCUGUUUAUUAUUGCAUUAUAAAUCUAGUCGUGGGUGAUGUACUAUUCAGCACCACAACAUUAUCGAAAAUAAUCAGCAGGUACUGGUUUCAAGAUGGAACCAUUUCAUUCUUGGGUUGUUUUGUGCAGAUGUUUUUUGUGCAUUAUUUUGGCAGUGUAUGUUCAAUUAUUCUGGCAGUAAUUGCUAUAGACCGCUAUGCAGCAAUUUGUUACCCGCUUCAAUAUCAUAGCAUCAUGACAAACCAAAAUGUACUCAUUCUGUUCUUUGGCUCUUGGAUUUUGGGUUUGGUAGGCCCCAUGGCAAUGGUCAUUCGAGCUUAUCCUCUCCCUUACUGUGCAGAAAACACAAUUAUACACUGUUACUGUGAUCAUGUUUCAAUCACAACACUGGCAUGCAUAGACAGAUCACUAUAUAGUAUUCCAGCUCUCAUAUAUGCCUUUGCAAUACUGUUGGUGCCCUUUGCUGUUAUUAUAUUCUCUUACUGCUCUAUCUUUCUAGCAGUUAUGCAGAUUUCAGGUAAUCAAGGAAAGAUGAAGACUUUCUCCACCUGCAGUCCUCAGCUCAUCAUAAUUGCUCUCUUUUUCCUACCCAGGUUAUUUAAUUAUUUGUUUGGCAACAUUGGUAUAAAGUUCAGCACUGAUUUACGAUUAGUAAUUAUUAUGAUGUAUAGCGUGUUGCCACCCAUGAUCAACCCCCUUAUUUAUUGUCUGAGAACAGAAGAGGUCAAAAAGUUACUAAGUAGACAAUUUCAAAAGAAACAAAUUAGUAUUCCUUUACGGUCGAUCUGA